ACCAGAAUUAGCCGGUAUCGCAGGAAUGAAAGAGCGUGGAGAUUUGAAAUUGCAGGGAAUGGAGACAAGGCGGUGCAGAAGACGAGCUGCCUGGGGGGCAAAAGGCCCAAAACCGGUGCCAGACUCCUACAGAAAAUAAGCCCAGGGGCGGCGAGCAGGGACAAGGCUGAGCUAGCGCGGGCGGCUGAGCAGACCCGGGCGCAGGUGGACACCAGAGCCUGCAGCAGCUCUCGGGGCGCGGAGCAGCGCCGCGGAUUUGGCUCACAACGGGGGCUCGGCGCCGCGGCGGGCUGCAGCAGCAGCGCUGGCGGGACCCGGCGCGGUACUGGAAGAGGUUACCAAAGUAUAUGUAAAUUAUUCAUCAUAUGGACUUUUUAUAUGAAGAUCAGAUGUUUUUCAAUGAUCCAGUUCAACUACAAGCUAGAGAGCUGUAGCUCCACUGAUGGCUUUAUCAACUUGAACACAAAGGCACAUAAUCUUACUGGGACAGCAGAAGAUGAUACAGAGAAGGAAUACACAGAGAGAGACCAGUUUUUCUUUGUGAUCGUAGUCAACCCAUGAAGAGUGAGUGCUCUCAACCACCUACAAAAUACCGUGGACAAAAUGUAUGCUAGCCGAGAGGAUAUUGGAUAUGAUUUCGGAGAUGACUCAAAAGUUGGAAGUAAGCCAGUUAAGCCUAACCCAAACAUUGAUGGAGGAUGGGCUUGGAUGAUUGUACUUUCCUCUUUCCUUGUGCACAUACUUAUCAUGGGGUCCCAAAUGGCCCUUGGAAUACUCAACAUGGAAUGGCUUGAAGAAUUUAAUCAAAGUCGUGGCUUAACGGCAUGGGUUAGCUCCCUCAGUAUGGGCAUUACACUUAUUGUAGGUCCUUUCAUUGGUUUAUUCAUCAGCAUGUGUGGGUGCCGCAAGACAGCUAUUAUUGGAGGAAUAUUGAAUGCCCUAGGUUGGAUACUGAGUGCCUAUGCUUCAAAUGUGCACUACCUCUUCCUUACGUUUGGAGUGACAGCCGGUGUUGGAAGUGGGAUGGUUUAUCUGCCUGCGGUUGUCAUGGUAGGGCAGUAUUUUCAGAAGAGAAGAGCACUUGCACAAGGACUCAGUACCACGGGAACAGGGUUUGGAGCUUUCCUAAUGACUGCCUUACUGAAGUACCUCUGCACUGAAUUUGGGUGGAGGAACGCCAUGUUCAUCCAGGGCGCCAUAUCCCUGAACCUGUGUGUCUGUGGGGCACUUAUGAGACCACUCUCUCCCAAAGACAUUAGUGAAAAAUACGUUGUGAGAAGUAAUAGUGAAGAUAAUCAGGCAAAAGCUCUGUCCCAUUCUGCAGAGACUAUAAAAUCUAAUGGAGUCCUCAGUGAAGAACCAGAAAAAAAAGAGGCAACAAAUGAAGAAGUGCUUGACAGUGUUCAGCACAUAGAAAUUGGAGGUAAAUCUAAAAGCGGAAGGAAGAUGUAUGGAUUACGCAUUCUUAAGACAGUGAGCCAGCUGACGGUUACAGUCAGGAAGGGCUUUGCAAUAUGGUACUCCAGCUACUUUGGAGCUGCAUCACUGUUUACCAAUAGAGUAUUUGUGGCCUUUGUAAUUUGGGCUUUGUUUGCCUAUAGCAGCUUUGUCAUUCCCUUUAUUCAUCUUCCAGAAAUAGUCAAGCAGUACAACUUGUCUAGUCAGAACAAUAUAUUCCCUUUGACAUCCAUCAUAGCCAUUGUUCAUAUUUUUGGUAAAGUGAUCCUUGGAAUCAUAUCUGAUCUCCCAUGCAUCAGCACGUGGAACGUCUUCCUCAUGGCUAACUUUACCUUGGUCACCUGCAUUCUUACUUUGCCACUAAUGCAAACAUACGUUAGCUUGGCUGUGGUUUGUGCUCUAAUAGGAUUUUCUAGCGGCUAUUUUUCUCUAAUGCCUGUUGUGACUGAAGAUUUAGUUGGAACUAAACACCUUGCCAAUGCCUAUGGCAUUAUCAUUUGUGCCAAUGGAAUAUCUGCAUUGCUUGGACCACCCUUUGCAGGUUGGAUCUAUGACAUCACACAUAAAUACGAUUUUUCUUUUUACAUAUCUGGCUUGCUAUACAUGGUGGGAAUAAUAUUUUUACUCAUACAACCUUGUAUUCAAAAGAAACAACCAAGAGAAAAAUCUAUGGAAGAGGCACAAGUAUAGAACAAAUGCCAGAAGUUUUUUACAGAUUUUUUUUGUUUUCAUGUUUCUAUCAUAUGAUGGUAUGAAGCUGUUUUUCUUAUGGAACCAACCACGUUGAGCUGUACUUAAGUGAAAAGCAAAUGUGCUCCAAAAUGCUAAUAAAUUAUUAGAAAUAUGCUUUUAAAAUGAGUUAAGAUCUUUUACUUUAGAACUAACAAAUACAGCCAUUAAAAGCACCCUGCUAGUCUUUUAAAAUUGGAACAAUGCUAGGAGCCUUUACCCUUGCUUCUCUGCUAACUUUUCACCACUAAUCAUAGGUGAAACUCCAUUGACUGCAGUGCAGUUACUCCUGAUUUACACUAGUCCUACAAGAGAAUUUCAUCAGGAUAUGAAUGAUUUAUAAAAUCAGACUACUGUCUGAUAAAAGGUUAGUUACUGAGUAUGAGAAAAUGAUUGUAUUUCUUACCUGGCUAGUCAAGUACUGUUGAAAUGCUAGUACAAUAAUUCAGUUAAUUCAGUGUAUUAAAAUUACUAUUUCGGUAAUGCAAAACUGAAGAAAAAUUCUUAUAUUUUUCUGAAACGACUAUCUACUUCAAAAUUUUUUUUAUUUUUAAAGUAUCAACUGCAUAAUAAAGUAGCCAUCCUCAAUACACGGGCUGCAUUAUAAAUGCUGUGACACUUAAUGCACCUGAAGUAACACAAACCCAAAAGCAAAACCAGGGAACAUAUGGAAAAUAUUAUUGUUAUUCACAAACUGCAAAACAUUUCCAGAAAUAGUUUGAAGUUUCUGACUGCUUUACCUCAUUAGGGGUAUUGUAGAACUUCGUCACAUUGCCGCUGACUCCUUCCAUGAGACUUGUUUGUCAAGUAAACAGUACUAAAGAAACAGAGAUGGGCAAAAUUGGCCAAAUAUAGCUUUAGAAAGAACUGGUCUACAGCACACUAAUUGUUGUUACAAUUAAUUUAAUAACAAAACCUGUUACAUUAUGAUCAGUCAUGUUGCUGCUCAUAAUGUACACCAUGAACUGUCUAUGACUGGUCACGUUUGAGAUGUUUGUUCACUGGAAAAUUAGAUAAUGCAAAGCAUGGAAUAGCUAAAUACCAUUUAAAAUAUUCAAAUAAAUUUUCUUAAACAACAUUAAGCACUGGUAAUCAAUGUGGAAUGUUUUGUAUGAUGGUACAAGACAUACUUUUUUCAGCUUUGAGAGGUGACUCUGAUAUUAAUUCUCCUAUAUCAAAUAAAAAUCACUAUAGGUUUUUUUUCCUGCUAGCUUUAUGAAAGUUUUUUCAUGACAAAUCAAGUUCUUAGUUUAAUACUGAUACAUGCUGCUGGAAUUCUUUAAAAACAAUUGUCACUAUUCAAUUAUAUUGAACAAAUAUUGGGAAACAGUUCAGCAUGCAACAAUAUCAUUAUACAGAUCUUUUUGAUAGCUGCAAGGCUGGUUAAAAAAAAAGUUAUGAACCUCAACUUUUAUUGUUCUAUAUUGCAAUUCACCAGCUUCUCAGUUUCACACUUUUACAACUGUUGGCAGAGACAUACUUUAAAAUCACUGAAAUAAGCCAAGUUAAAAAAGAAAACCCCAAACUACUUUAAGAUUUAGAUAAGUUCAUUCAUUGAGGAUAGUUAUGUAUGGCCUUUAAAAUUCCUAUUAAAACAGCUGAGGUGGCAGUGAACUGCAACACUUGGUGUGAACACACAGUCAGUAAUUUCUUAAAAUCAGCUUUUUUGUUGGAGAAAAUGUUCAUGUAAACUAUAUUUUCACAUCAGUCCUUUUGUUACAGGUUUAAUGUCUUCUUGGUGUGAAUGCUGCUGCUGCUAGCUUAUUUUAACCGAGCUAACUUUUGUUGGUGAAAUAUAUAUAUUGAAAUGAUGAUUUCCCUCAAUAUCCUUUUUUUUUCCUUUUUGAAAGAUACAUACCCUUUAUACUUGAAUCUUCAUCUUUUGUCAAAAUCAAUUUUAUUUGCAUAUUAUUGUAAUGAAUAAUAUGUUGUUCACUUGUGAUAUCUGCAAUAUAGCUUUCUAUAGAAGUCCUUACUGGGCUGUACAAUGGGAAUAAAUUUACAUUACCCAAAAUUUCACUUUCUGUUCAUUUACUAAUUAAGUUCAUUUUUUCAUGCUUAAAAAUGAAGAUUCUCCUGCAAAAUGAUUAUUCUUAUUUCUUGUAACAGAAAGGACAGGUACAUGGUUUAUCAAGCGGAAGGGAAGGUGGGCUGACAACAUGCAGUUAAAUCAGGAUUUAAAAUUAAUAUUCACUCAGUCCAUAUUGGCUAGCAUGAGUUCUAAUUUCCUAACCUAAAACUGCCUAAA